AUAAGCGUUGAAUGAAGGGUUAGAGUUACUGCUGUCGUAGGGACUUGUGGGUAGAAUCUCUAUGGGUACGAGACGCCUUGUGAUUCCGGAAGUUUUGGAUAUGCAAGUGUGAAUGAAAUUCGUAUUAAACUUGCGUGCCCAUCUUUGAAAUACUUUGUAUUAUCACCUCUGAUUAUCUUAAAAAGAACUGAGUGCUCUCAUUGAGUAACUGAAAUAAAGCUGAAUUAGAAAAUAUGGCUUAUCGACUUUCAAAAGAAGAGCUUGAUGAGCAGUUUGAACAGUUCCUGAAAGAGUCUGUUUCAGAUGAUUCAUUUGAAUUAGGAAGUUCAAGGAAAGCUGGUGCUAUAGAUGACAAUGAAGAUUCCAGAAAAAAUGAGGUUAACAAAAAAGAGUCUAAACCUUGGUGGAUGACUGAAGAUGCUGAAAGAGGAGGGAUAACUGGUCCUGGCAGAAGCUUUAUGAAGUAUUCAAAGGCCUCUCAGCCUAUUGCAGAGGUGGAUGAGGAGGAGAUGGGAGAGAAAACACCAUUUGAAAGAAGAGGGAAUGUGUCUGUGUCCAUGAGCAAAGACAGUUUAGAGACUGAGGAUUCAGUGCUGGCUGCAGGACCUGUUCAGAGUUAUUCUGGAUUUGGCAUGGACACUUUGGAAGAGCAAGAAGAAAAAGAACGAUUUUUUGCAAACCUUGAAAAAGGAGCAUCAUCUACUAUUGAUUAUUCAAAACUGAAUAAAGAACUGGAUUUAUCAGAUUCACCACCACAUAGAAUGUUAAUUGGAAAUAUAGAAAAGGAACAAGGUGGUGAAACUGUGGAAAGCACAGACAACAUAAGAAAUAAAGGAACCCCAGCUUCAUUAGAAUACAGUGAAGAUUUUGAAGAAGUUGGAGAAGCUUCGUUUGAUGCUAAGGACAAAGAAACCCACACCGAGGAAGAAGUCAAAAUAGCACCAAAUGUAGAUGUUCAUAAGCAGGGAGAAGAGAAAACAAGUACAAGCAUGUUAGCUAAAGUUUUGUUGCUCGACUCCAUGGAAUCAACAGGAGGGACCCAGAAAUUAUUUAUUGAACACGAUUCAAUGGAAGAUGAAAAGAAGCAGGAAAGUACAAUGAACAAUAUGACAGGAGUUUCCUAUGGUCAGACUAACAGUGACCUUGAAGCUUUGCAUCAAGCAUAUCAUCAUAUUGACCAGUCACUAGAAGACACAGGUAGCAGGAAAAGAAUCUUAUCAGGAGAAACGGGCAGAGCAAACUAUUUUGAGCAUGAUGGUCCCCACAGCAGUAUUGAUGGCCCCUGUAAUGUUUCUGCUGUUGAAUCAGACUUGCCUACAAUAGAAGAAAUGAUGAAGCAUGUGCAGGGGGAGUCUGCUUUCCCUAGAGGAUUUGAUCUGCAGCCAGUAAGUGAAUUUGAAGUGGCAGUUGAGGAACCACCUGAGAUCUCAGAUAAGCUGCAACAAGAUCAUCGAAGAAGCAGCAUUUCAGAACAGGAGAAAGAGGAUCACCAUCCAAAAAGUCAUAAAAAAGAAGUAUUGACUCCACAGGACAGUGUUGAAGGAGAAAGUGCAACUGUCAAAGGCAGUUUUCAAAAACAAGAUGAUCUUAUGAGUAGGAGAAAUUCAGACACUUGGCAAAAUGAAGUAUUUGGAGAUUCUGCUGUAAUACCUCAGAAUUCCAGAAACCUUAAGGAUUUGAAGCAUCCUGCAUAUUUCUGGGAUAACAACCCUAAUUAUAGUAAAGUACCUGAUCAACCAGCAGUUCACAAAAAGACAUGGAGUCCAAGAAAUAAAACCAGGAAGCCUCAAACUAGCCACUAUGCUUCUGUUAAGAGUUCUGGAUAUGGUAAAGUGAGCCCACCUACCAAGCAGCCUUUAAGUGGUACUUUAAAGGACUCUAUGAAGAAGAUGUUAUCAAAAAACAAAUCUCCUCAAGAUCAAGCAAAAGACAAGUUCAAAGUAAAUAAAGCCAAACAAUCUGGAGGUGGAACUGUCACCUUUGCGAGCAAUGAAUCUUGUGUCAAAUCUAGUGAUCACCUACUUAAGUCUGUGCAGUUGUAUUCUUCCUACCUUGAGCAUGAACUCAGUGCAUUAAAAGAGACUUCACAGAUGCAAGUCGGAAAGCAGCCACAAUUGCCAGACAGUUCUGAAGUACCAAUGGAGCAUGCAGCCUUUUCUCCUCCUUCUGGAAAACUGCAGAGAGAGCAUUCAUUGCUACUUCGGGUACAUGAAGUUGAGGACAGGUGGAGAGAGGAACAUAAUUUGGCAGAGAACUUGACAGCAGAGUUAUUAGUAAAAGAAAAGGAACUGCAUCGUCAAGCAGAAGACAUGAAGUUACAAUAUGAAAAUGACCUUGAUCAACUGAAAAAGGAGAAUUACCUGCUUCAGACCAAGCUACACAGUCUGGAAGAAGCAAAUCAGAAGAGAACACUGGUAUUUGGGAAAACAAAUGACAAAGUUACACAGGAGAAACUACUUGAAUUUGAAAGAGAAAUCAGAGAGCAGGAGACACUCAUUCAUGGUUAUCACCAGGAGAAUGAAAAGCUGUACCGGCAGGUUAAAGAGUUACAAGCAAAAAACAAACAAAUUGAAGAAAAUGCAUUUAGAGAAAACCAGCGGUUGAUGACUGAAGUAGCAACCUUGAAGGAGCAGAUAUCUAAAAGUAACCUACAACAACCUGGACCUAAGGAUAAUGAGCAGGCGAGAAAUCUGAAUUUUACUGAACUGUUGUCAGAACUAAGAGCAGCACAAAAAGAAGAAGCCAGAUUUAUGGAAGAAAUUAGACGACUGAAACAAGAGAAGCAGUCCCUUGAGGUUGACUUUGAGCAGAUGAAGAAGCAGCGAGACCUUGCAAAGGCUCAGGCUGUUUAUACAUCAGGUGAUAAAGCAUUUGAGAUGAAAAUUUUAGAGGAGACAUACAAACAAGAAAUCAGCCGCCUAAAUAAAAGGCUGCAGUGGUAUGCUGAAAACCAAGAGCUACUGGAUAAAGAUGCGACUCGAUUAAAAACAGCAACUGCUGAGACAGAAAAGCUUAAACAGCUGGUUGAUAAGCUACAAGCUGAAGUGGGAGAUCGUACUUUGCAACAACAGAAACGUUUUAAGGACAGGGCAGCCGAUGCCAAAAGAAUACAAGACCUUGAGCGACAGGUGAAAGAAAUGGAAGAGAUUAUUCGAAGGAGGCAUCCAAAUUCCUUGCCUGCCUUGAUAUAUGCAGCUGCAUCUGUUCCAGUCACAGAGGGAGAGGUCAGCAACAAGCCUUCUUCAGUCACUUUCUUGGAAAAAAGGGUAAAAAAGUUAGAAUCUGAGUUGGAAGGCAAAGAUGAAGAAGCAAAGAAAGGUCUGCGAGCACUAGAACAGCAGUACCAAAAAGUAAAGAUACAGUAUGAGAACAGGAUUGCUGAGCUCGAGCAGCUGCUGUCCCACAGGCAUCCGAGUGCAGCAAAGAAACCCAGUGAAAAUGUAGAGGCAGUCAAAGCAUUUGAGCAAGAAAAGCAUCAUCUCAUUGAGACCCAUCAGGCCACAGUAGCUAAUCUUCACCGAGAAGUACAGCGGCUUCGAGAUCUUCUUGCCCAAGCUGAACUUAAAAUAAUGGAAAAAGAAUGCCUCAAAUCCAAGAAGGCAGAUGCAGAACAGAUUAAUGUGAAUAGCAGGAUGGACAAACUAAGUCAGGAGUUAAUCAUGAAAAACAAAGAAAUUCAGGAGCUUACCAGAACUGUGGAAAGGCUCCAGAAAGAAAGGAGAACACUACUUUCAGAGCAGAGAAGCCCCAGGGACAGAUUAAACACCAGACACAAAUUGUCAAAAAAAGUUGGCAAGGAUGAUGCAGCAGUGAACAGCAAAAUAGAUUUCAAAGAUAAAGACCCUUUCCCUUCAACUUCAGAUGAAAAACUUUAUCAACCAACUGUCUUUGCUGGUUCCCAUAUCUCAGAGGUACUGCAGGAAAAUGAAAAGCUGAAAUCAGAACUAAGGCAGUUGUCUUUGGAUGCAGAUCAGCAGAGAGUCCAGUUACAUGCAGCAGUUGCUAAAGCAGAACAAGAUGCCAGACGGGCAACCGAAAAUGCUGUAGAACAUGUCUCAACCCUUAAAGCAGCUCACCAGCGAGAGUUAGAAACAAUACUAACUCAGCAUGCACUGGAACACUCCUCAUCGAAAGUGGCAGAGUUGACAAGUAAAAUUUCAACUCAAGAGGUAGUGAUAAAACAUCUUCGUGAACAAGUUACUGAGCUCCAGAAGGGACAAGAAGCUUUGGCUGUCACAAAAGUUCAGCAGGAAACACUGCAGUCCCAGAUUAUUAAAUUAUUGGAAGAACUCAGAGAAGCUAAAGAAAAACACAGUCCUGAAAUGAAGCACUUCUUAGCUCUUGAAAAGAAAAUUCAAAACAUGGAAUUCAAACACUCUCAGCGAGAGCAAGAACUUCAACAGAUAAUUUAUCAGACUCAGCAAAGAACUGGUGCAGAGUGGGUUCAGGAGGUAGAAAAAUGGAAGCUUCUGGCACAAAAAAAGAAUCAGGAACUGGAAAAUUUUCGAAUGGAACUGGACUCUAUUUUGGACAUUCUUCGUGAACUUCAGAGGCAAGGAGUUGUUAUUCCAGUACCUAUGUCAACAAGGACAAACAUUGCAGGAUUUACUUGGAACACAUGACCCAUUCAUUGCAAAUAUUCAGUGUGUGAUAUCAUUCAUUAUGCUGAUAGCAUUUAAGAAAACUGCAGCCUGGAGGAUCACUUUAUAAUUAAUUUUAAAAAAAAGUACGGAGAACUUUGAGAGUUGAUCAGUCAUCUUCCAAAGUGCCAAGAUGCCUAUAAAUAGAAGCACUCAAAACAGAAUGAAAAAGCAGUUAAUUCCUGUGAACAGAUUACUUUUUAACUUAAGGGCAUUAAGCAAACAUUAUUUAUGUAUGUUUCUUUUAAAUAUUUUAAUUGAAAAUACUUUUGAUAAAUAAAUAACCUUCCAUUGUACUGAGUUUCUUGAAGUCUCAGCACAAUAAAAGGAACAACUGUAGAGCUCUUUAUUUUG